ACCCACCACGUUGCUCACUCUUCCAAUCUAUAUAUAUCUUAAAAAUAAGUAAAAAAAGUAGAAAAACUAACAAGGAUGGCGGACAUAAGAGGUAGGGGUGUUAUAUGUGACGAGAGGUGCGGCUGUCCUUCACCGUGCCCCGGUGGUGUUUCCUGCAGGUGCAAGAGUGGACGCAUGGAGAGCGGUGGUGGUGAGGUGGAGCAUAAGAAGUGUUCGUGUGGUGGUCAUUGUGGAUGCAAUCCUUGCAGCUGCUCCCAAGCUACACCGUCGGAGGGCACCGGGAAAGCCUUUUGCAAGUGUGCUGAUGGUUGUACUUGUGUCACUUGUUCCUCUUGAAUCCGAUAACAACCUUUAUCUAGUGCAUAAACCCUGUUUAUGUGAUGUAUGUAGAAAAAUAAUAAGAUAAAUAAGAUGCUUUUUUCUUUUUUUG